CACCACCAUUUCAGGAGCCUCUCCUGGGGGAAGAGAAUGUCCGUGUAGAGCGUCUCCGCCCAGGACCCCAGCUUCCAGAGCCCAGACGCCCCCCGUCUCCGCAGCUCCAUGGGUGCCCGCCUGUUCCUCCUGGGCCUCCUCCUGCUGUUGCUGCCCACGCCCACCCCAGCCCCCUGCCGCACGGCCACCCGCAAUGAGUGCCGGCGCAACCAGGUGUUCGUGCCCGGCGCGGCGCUGGCCGGGGAGGGCGUGGACGUGACCAGCCUCAGGCGCUCGGGCUCCUUCCCGGUGGACACAGAGAGCUUCCUGCGGCCGGAUGGCACCUGCACCCUCUGCCAGAAUGCCCUGCAGGAGGGCGCCCUCCAGCGCCUGCCCCUGGCACUGACCGACUGGCGCUCCCAGGGCUCAGGCUGUCAGCGCCAAGUGGUCAGGGCCAAGGCCAGUUCCAUCAAGGGCGUGGCCAGGGAGGCGGCCAGCAGCAUCCGCAACGACUGGCGGGUGGGGCUGGAUGUGUCUCCCAAACCCAGCGCCAAUGUGCAGGUGACCGUGGCCGGCUCGCACUCCAGGGUGGCCAACUUCGCUGCCCAGAAGACCCACCAGGACCAGUACAGCUUCAGCACUGACUUGGUGGAGUGUCACUUCUACAGUUUUCACCUGGUACACUCUCCCCCACUCCACCCCAACUUCCAGAAGGCCCUCAGUGACCUGCCCCCCAACUUCAACACCUCCACAGAGGCUGACUACAUCAGGCUCAUCUCCCACUAUGGCACCCACUUCAUCCGGUCCCUGGAGCUGGGCGGCCGGGUCUCGGCCCUCACUGCCCUGCGCACCUGUGAGUUGGCCCUGAACGGGCUCACAGCCAAUGAGGUGGAGGACUGCCUGGCCGUCGAGGCCCAGGUCAGCAUCAGUGGCCGCGCCAGCUCUUCAUCAGAAUUCAAGGCCUGUGAGGAGAAGAAGAAGCAGCACAAGAUGGAGACCUCCUUCCACCAGUCCUACCGGGAACGCUUUUCCCAAAUAGUCGGGGGCCACCAUACCUCCGUGGGCGACCUGCUGUUUGGGAACCAGGCCGGGCCGGAGCAGUUCUCAGCCUGGAUGGACUCACUGAUGGCCAGACCCGGCCUGGUGGACUACACCCUGGAGCCUCUGCACGUGCUCGUGGAGAGCCGGGACCCACGGCGGGAGUCGCUGAGGCGGGCCGUGAGCAAGUACGUGAUGGACAGGGCCCGGUGGAAGGACUGCAGUAGGCCCUGCCCCCCGGGGCAGCAGAAGAGCCCCCAUGACCCAUGCCAGUGUGUGUGCCCCAGCUCGGCGGCCACCAACCAGGACUGCUGUCCCCGGCAGAGGGGCCUGGCCCACUUGGAGGUGAUGAAAUUCCAGGCGACGGGCCUGUGGGGAGACCACUUCACUGCUACAGAUGCCUAUCUGAAAGUCUUCUUUGGAGACCAGGAGCUGAGAACCAACACGGUGUGGAACAGUAACCACCCCCAGUGGGAGACACGGCUGGACUUCGGGGACGUGCUCCUGUCCACGGAGAGGCCCCUGCGGGUGCAGGUCUGGGACGAAGACAGAGGCUGGGACGACGACCUCCUCGGCACCUGCGACCAGAAAGCGCAGUCGGGCUUCCAUAAGGUGAUGUGCAACCUGAACCACGGUCACCUGAGAUUCUUCUACCACGCCAAGUGCUUGCCUCACCUGGAGGGGGCAACCUGCCUGCAGUAUGCCCCCCACGGUCUUCUGGGGGCGCCUCCAGGAAACCGGAGUGGGCCAGUGUGGUGA